AUGUCGACAAGUCAAAGAAGUGAGAGUAUGAACAAAUUUUUUAAAGAUUAUUUGAAUUCUAGUACUCCAAUGAGUGUAUUUGUGGUGCAAUAUGAUAAGGCUAUUGACGCUAGAUAUGAUAAAGUAAGGGAGAAGGAUUACAAGACAAAACAUUCAAGACCUAUCUUGAAAACUUUGUAUCCUAUGGAAGAUGAAGCAGCGAAGGAAUAUACAAGAAAAAUGUUUCAGAUUUUUCAAGAAGAACUAAUUCAGUCUCAAAAAUUUAUCGCCGAAAAGAUUGAGGUCAAGGAUGGAGCAAACAUCUAUAAAGUACAUCAGCUUCAAAGACAAAGGCCAGCAUAUAUCGUUAGUCUAGAUCUUGCAUUGAAAAGAGCUGUUUGUUCAUGUCACAAGUUCGAGUUCAUGGGAAUUCUAUGUAGACAUGUACUAAUGGUAUUUAUAAAAAAACAGAUUCACUCACUUCCAAUGUAUUAUUUAUUAGAUCGAUGGACAAGAAACGCAACCAAAGAAAAAGCUAAUGACCCCUCAAACGUAACACAAACUUUGAAACCUUCUACUUUGUGGUUUAAUAACAUUAUGAUGCAUUCUAUUGGGUUAUCUGAACGAGCUACAAAGUCUGAAAAACAUUAUCAAUUUGCGCAUCAAAGAUUAUUGCAAUUGUGUGGAGAACUUGAUGAGCUUUCUUAUGAAUCUGAGGAAGAUUGUGUAUCAGGUGGUCAAGUUAGUGAGAAAGAUCAGGAAAUAAACUCAUGUGAACAAAGUCAAGAUGUUACUUUGCAUGACCCUCCGGUAGCAACAACUAAAGGGCGCCCGAGAUCUUUGAGGAUGAGAGGUUUUCUAGAAGUUACUCAGAAGACCAAAAAAGUUUCGUCUCCAAAAAUUAAAAGAAGAUCUUCUCAAAAGCAAAAAAGGCAAACGAAAAGUGUGAAACUUAAGAGAAAGGAAACAAGUUCAAACAUUAAUGCUUAUUCAGAAUUUCAUCAAGAAUAUGUUGAGAACGCUGGUUGUGCUUAUGCCACCUCAUUUACAGAUUUGAUGAAAGCGGCUUCAACUCCAUUCCAACAAUAUCGUCCUAAGAAACAAGAUGGCUACAACUUUAUCGUCCUUCACAUUCCAAUGGGUCGUGUCCAAGCAAACAACAUUGAUGACCUAGCUCGUUUGGCUGAUGAGUAUGGUUCAAGAGAGCUCCGAUUGACUGUGGAACAGAACAUUAUUAGUACUACUAGUAUCCAGUUUUAUGGACAAGACAAAAGUAGUUCGUUGAAUAUAACUGAAGAAGUUCAAAAGCAAGCAUCUCUUAUGAGGCUAGCACGGAAGCACUAG